CAACAGAACAGUGCGAAAUACCGUAAACAACCCCGAUAGAAGAAGACGGGUGAGAUGCACGCGCCACCUGGGGUCGUUUUAAAUAAACUGUUGGAAACCCCUCAUCGUGGCCCCCUCCCUAGUAAGUAAGUCGACUCUCCCCAAAAACAAACUCCACAACGCUCCAAAACAAACCAUUGUCACUCACUCAUCCAUAAACCCCCUCUCUCUCUCUUCUCUCUUCUCUCUCUCUGGUUUUGGAUCUGGCCGUUGAUUUUUUUUCCGGCACGGCGAUAAGUUUUUUUUGUGCAUGAACGAGGGUGAUGGCUUCGGCAUGUGUAAACAAUGUUAGUGUUUCUCAGGAGUUUCCUACUACUUACGGAUGUUUCAAUCCACGAGCUUCUUUCAGCCGCGAAGACUCCAUGGGCUCUGGAUCGGCCGCAUCUGACACUCAGAAGAAGCAGAUUCCGCCGGAGGAUCAAGUAGCUGGCGAUUUCGAGUUUAGGUUGGAGGAGGAUCCUGUCGGAAUCCUCCCCGCUGACGAGCUUUUCUCCGACGGUAAACUCGUCACGAAGCAGCAACAGACGACGGUUGAGAUCGGCGGCAGGUCGGAGAUGGAUAAUAAUAAUAAUAUCUCCGGUGGUGGCGGCGAUAAUUGCACUUUUUCUCCAAAGGCACCACGGUGUUCGAGUAGGUGGAGAGACUUGUUAGGUCUCAAACGAUUCUCUCACAACAGCAAAGCUCCGACGACUACUACUACUACUACGACGACGACGUUUCCUUCGAAUCCGAGAUCAUCUACCUCUUCCUUGAAGCAAUUCUUGCAUCGGAGCUCUAGAUCGUCGUCUUCACCCGGAUCCUCUUCUUCUUCUUCUUCUUCUUCUUCAGAUGCUUCGUUACUCAUGAGCCUUCCUCUUCUCAAAGAUUCCGAUUGCGAAUCUCUCUCCUUAUCCUCUUCUCGUAUGUCUCUCUCCUCUUCCUCCUCCGGCCACGACCACGAAGAUCUCCCCAGACUCUCUCUCGAUGCAGAGCGACAUAACCUCAACCACAACCACAACAUCACCGCGAAUCCAUUUGCUCCCGCUCGUAGCCUAAACCCAAACCCACCGAGAAUGAGGUUAGUCAACCAUUCAUCAGCAGGAACCGGAGGAGGGAGAGUGGGACGCAGCCCGAUGCGACGUUCGGGUGGAGGAGACACAACAUCUCACAGAGGAGUCUCUGUGGACAGUCCAAGACUUAACUCAUCAGGUAAAAUCGUGUUCCAGAGCCUGGAACGAAGCUCGAGCAGUCCAAGCAGCUUCAACGGUGGAACAAGCGGGUACAGACACAGAGGAAUGGAGAGAUCGUACAGCUCAAACGUGAGGGUAACACCAGUUUUAAACGUUCCGGUUUGUUCAAUCAGAGGUGGUUCAGUUGUCUUCGGUCAGUUUUUCACAAACGGCAAUAACAACAACAGCAACAACAGAGCUUCUUCGUCUCAUAUCAAUAGAGGUCGUAACUCAACGGAUCGAAACUAAAUUAACCCGGACCUUUUUCAAAAAAUUUGGGAAUUUUUCAUCAAAAUGGUAACAACAACGACACAAUGUUCUUGAUGCAAUGCAACAGUAGCUAGCUAGUAGUAGUAAUCAUCCUUUUUUUUGUUUUUGUUUUUUUUUUUUUGGGUUUGUUACUUCCAACAAAUCUUAUUAUUAUGAUUAUUAUUAACAGAGCUUUUUUUUAUGAGAUUAGUAAAUCCAGUGUGUGUGUACUGUAAAUAAAGAAUCUGUCUGUCA